CGUAUUUUCAAAACUCUCUGUCUCUCCUCUCCUCUCCUCUCCUCUCCAAACUCGCUCGCUCGAAUUCGCAGAAAAGAAACAAUAUGGGAAUCACUUCAGUUCUCUGGCUGUUUUUCAUCGUAGGUUCAAUUUCUCUUUCAUCCUCCGUUGUCUCCGCGAAUCAACAGUAUCUAGAUGUUGCUCAGCCUACCACAUUGCAGAUAUCUCCAAGGUUGCCAGUGGAAAAAUCUCCUGGUUCCAAGCAUGGUGCUAUUGUGCUACGUGAAAGAGUUUUAAUCCAUGGUUUGUCAAGACUUAAAAAUCUUAGAAAGUUUGCACAUUCAGUAAAAGUGAAUGUUUCUAUUGCAAGUUCAAGUGCCCGUCUACCGAAUGUUGAGGUCUGUUUCCAUAGUGCUUGUAUACUGCAGCUGGCAAUAUUUCUGUCGGUUUUUCUUGUCCUAGCAGGAGCUUGGUUGGGUUUCUGUGUUGUUCGCAAACUUGUCUUGACAGAGGAUGGAUUGAUUGACAUAGGCGUAUCCAAAUUUGUUGCAUGGUCCAUCUGGAUUAUUGCUUCUGUUAUGAUUCUUCAGAGUUCCGCGGACCCUUUACUGGCAGCAGAGGCAUUGUUGUGUGGAGUAGUGGUUAGGAGAAUUACCAGAUCAAGAUUUAUACGUCACUUGUACAAGAAUUUACUCAGAACAAUCAAGCACGGUCAUAGAUAUCAGAUUCCAGGUUCAUCACCUUCGAAAGAUUCUUAUGAUGAAUAUGUACACAAUAUUUGGAAGCCUAACAACUGUGGCUUCCUGAAGCCAAGAUCCAGACACUUCACAAAGGCUCCUUCCAAUAGUCCCAUCCAAGGCCUAAUCAGGACACCCCCAAGUCAACUGUCAGAUUCAGAGACUCACUAUUCUAGCUUCCAUAAGACCCCUGAACGAAAAAAAUUCUCAAAGGAUGUAUGGGAAAAAUUCACCAAGGACUCCACCAAGAAAGCACUUGAGGAACUUGUUUCAUCUCCUGAUUUCAGCAAGUGGGCUGUUAUUAAUGCUGAAAGAAUAACCUUGAGUCCUAAAAAAGACACUCCUGAUCUGCCUUGCAAGUGGAUUACUUGGUUUUUGAGCAUUUAACGCUGUUUUAUCUAAUUCAACAGUUUUUCACCGUCUAGAUCAGCUUUUGAAAUAUUGCCCAACCCAGAUCAUGUGUGGGAAUGAGAAUGGAUGGAUUGUUGUAAAAUAGUUAGCACCGGCAAGGGACAUGAUUAGUGUCAUUUAACCCCCUAAAAACUUGGAUUUAUUUUAAAAGGCAGACCAUUUUGGUAACUUAGAAGGCAUAUGUAAUGUACAAGUACAUUGAUAACCAUUUGAUUGAGGUUUAGGAUUGUAUGUUUUCUACUUGUGUCAUGUGGCUGGCUAUACGGACCUCGAAAAAUUAUUCAUUAUUAUUGUCUCGAUUUGAAAUAUGUAGACAAGAUUUAUUCUGUAUAUGACUUGCAGAAUACUAA